AAGGUAUGUGUGGCCGCCGUUAAAAUCGCAAAGAAGAUUCAUUUCGAAGUGUUUCUUCCCUCAAGGACGGCUGGAUGUUUGUUUUUUUAUUGACUAUAGAUUAUAAGUCCAUGAUGUCCCUAUACUAAGGGUUAUGGCAGGAGGAGUCGUGCUGAGAGGGAUAGCCCACGCAGCUCCAAGAAACCUUUCCUUCACCUGCUCAUCGACCGAACUGAGGCGGAUACUUCUUUCUGGUCCUGUGGACCAGCUGGCCAGAUCCUCAACUACAAGUGUACCAGCUAGUGUACCAGCUACUAGUGUACCAGCUACAAGUGUACCAGCUAGUGUACCAGCUACUAGUGUACCAGCUACAAGUGUACCAGCUAGUGUACCAGCUACAAGUGUACCAGCUAGUGUACCAGCUACUAGUGUACCAGCUAGUGUACCAGCUACUAGUGUACCAGCUACAAGUGUACCAGCUACUAGUGUCCUAGCUAGAAGUGUACCAGCUAGUGUCCUAGCUAGAAGUGUACCAGCUAGUGUACCACCUACAAGUGUACCAGCUACAAGUGUACCAGCUAGUGUCCUAGCUAGAAGGACACCAGCUACAAGUAUACCAACUGCUAGUGUCCUAGUUAGAUGUGUACUAGCAAGAAGUGUACCAGCAACAAGUGUCCUAGCUAGUGCCCUAGCUAGGAGUGUACCAGUUAGAAGGCUCCACUUGGACACCUCACAUUGUGCGGGACAUAACAAGUGGUCCAAGGUGAAACACAUCAAAGGACCGAGGGAUGAAGCCCGUGGCAAAAUGUUUAUGAAGUAUGGCAUGAUGAUCAGAAUAGCAGUGAAAGAGGGGGGGCCCAACCCGGACUUUAACGCCACUUUAGCCCAAAUAUUGGAGCAAUGCCGGGGUCACAACAUGCCCAAGGCCUCCAUCGACGCCGCCAUCAAGAACGCGGAGAAGGCUAAGACCGGCACCCAGCACACGUACGAAGCCCGGGGACCGGGGGGCUUUGCGUUGCUCAUCGAGGUCCUGACCGACAACAACACUCGCACCAACCAGGAAAUCAAACACCUGCUGAAAACAAACGGGGGGGUGCUGUCGGACGGGGCCCGUCACACUUUUGACAGGAAAGGAGUGGUCGUGGCCGAGGCCGGAAGCGUCUCCCUCGAAGAGGCCCUGGAGCUGGCCUUCGAAGCGGGGGCAGAAGAUGUCCGGGAGAUGGAGGAAGAGGAGGAGAGGCCGAUGCUGCAGUUCAUCUGCAGCCAGGCAGAGUUGAGUUCUGUGAGGGCUUGGCUGGAGAGCCGAGGGGGGAUCCGCAUUGUGUCUUCGGGACUGGAGUUCGUGUCCCACACACCGUUGCUGCUGGAGCGCAGUCAGCUUGAGGCGGCCUCCGUUCUGCUGGAGGCCCUGAACGACUGCCCUGACGUGCUGCGGGUGUGGGACAACAUCCAGGCUGAACAUUGAACACUGUGACACCCAACCUCACCCAUGUAGGGUGCCACUGUCCACAUCGCAGCCUUCACAGGGUGCCUUCAUCCCAACCUCCAUCGGCUUACCUGUAUCCCAACCGGAUGGUGUGAGACAACAUCCAGGCUGAACACUGAAACACUGGGACAUAGUUUACCUAUAUGGUAUCUACAUAAUAAUGUAUAAUAAUAAUAAUGAAUUGCAUUUAUGAUGUGCUUUUAUCAGUUAGGGAUUUGUGAUUGCUGUAUCAAAAUAAAUACACGUACAAAGUU